UCCUCCUCCUCCUCCUCCUCCUGCUCCUCCUGCUGCCGCCGCUGCCGGGCUCCGCUCCGCCUCGCCAGCCGGGUGCCCCGGCCCUGCCGCACCUCCCCGGCCUCCGCAGCCCCGGCCCGGCGGGCGGCAGUGCCACAGCCGGUGGGUCUCUCCGCGAUGCUGCAGUGCAAACACGCUCAGGAAUUCAGCUUCGGGCCCCGGGCUCUGAAGGACGCGCUCAUCUCCACCGACCCGGCCCUGCAGGAGCUCUACGCCAAAGCUUUCUCCAGGGCAGAGAAGCUGUUCCUCUCGGAAGCCUACAACCCGCAGAGAACGCUCUUCUGCACGCUGCUCAUCCGGACGGCUUUCGACUGGCUCCUCAGCCAUCCCGAUGCCCCCGAGGACUUUGAGACGUUCUACCAUGCCAUGCUGAGGAGGAAGCAGAACUUCUAUCGAAAGCACAUUUACCUCCAACCUAUAGACCUGACCGAAGGACCUGCCGGGCUCUCGCUGCUGGAUUCCCUCCAGAGCUGUGUCGAGUCUUUCUUCCUGGGUCUCCGCGUGAAGUGCCUUCCCUCCAUCUCCAUCUCUUCCAUUCACUGCUGCUACCGCCACAGCCGGGACACGGACAGGGUGCAGCUUCACGCAGAUGGGAUCCUGAAUUUCCUGAAGAACAACAAGCCCAUGGAUGCCCUGUGUGUCCUUGGACUCACUCUGCUGGACCUUUACCCGUGUGAGACCUGGAGCUUCACGUUCAGCAAAUUCCUGCCAGGACAAGAAGUGGGAGUCUGCAGUUUUGCCAGAUUUUCUGGGGAUUUCCCCCAGGCUGGUUGUAGCAGCUUGAAUCCACUCACGCAGAAGGAAGAGUUAUGUGAAGUCGUCAAUGAAAGCAGAGACCGGACAUUGCUCUUCAGUGCCCAAGAGAUGGUCCAGUGCUGCAAGGUGACCUGUCACGAGAUCUGCCACCUGAUGGGGCUGGGGACCUGCCGCUGGCUGCAGUGCAUCAUGCAGGGCGCCCUCAGCCUGGACGAAGCCCUGCUGCGGCCCCUGGAGCCGUGUCCCAUCUGCCUUCGGAAGCUGCAGCACGUCGUGGGCUUCAAGCUGGUCGAGCGCUACCGGAAGCUCUACGCUUGGACACAGACUGUGUUGUCCACGUGGCCAAGGAAAGAGUCAGCAGACCUGUCCUCCUCGGAGGACAUCCUUCCAUACAGCUCAGACUCGGGGAUGUGCUGCGAGAACGACUCUGAGGUGGUGACCUCCUUGUCCGAGCCGCUGACGCCAGACACUUGCAGCCAGGCCCUCUCCAUCGGCCAGGAGCUGGAACAGGACGAGCAUUCGUGUUCGCUGGCGGAGGCGCAGAGCCAGCCCCAGCUGGCCGGGCCCACCAAGUCCACAGAUAUCAUCAAAGACUACGAACUGUGGCUGGAGACGUGCAUUGCUGCCCUGGAGAGGAACGUCUCCGAGGAGGAACUGGCUCAGGUAGACAAGACUGUGGAUGCCCUGGCCAAGUGGGAAAUGUUUACAGGACAACUGCCCGCCAUGAGGAAGGACCUACCCUUUGCUAGGGACAGCACCGGCCUACGGAAAGUUCUUGGAGACAAAUUUUCCUCCUUGCGGAGGAAACUAAGUUCCAGAAAAUUGUCCAAAGGGGAAUCGUCCCCUCACCGUUGGCGGUGGGAGGAGAACUAGGCUGGGUCUGCCUCGGGCUGGGCCAGCUUUGCUCCCCCAGCUUUGGUUACCGUCCUGCCCUGCUUCUCACCUUUCUCACCACAACUUGUUGCUGUCAGAGAAAAACAGCAGCUCCCCACAGGAAUAAAAGGUGUUUCUAUUUCUGAGAUUGCUAACAUAUUUUUGAUGCGAUCAGUUCUUCUCUAAGGGUUUUUCCUGUGCUGGUCUAAGCGACAGCACGACUCCAAGCCCACAGCCAAGUCCUACGUAGGCGCUCGUAUUUUCUCGCCAUAUUUCAUUUGGUCUGAAGUCAGGCAGGAAGAGGUCUGUACUAAACACGAAACGUGCUCGCACAGAAGCUUGGGCCAUCUGAACAAACAGAUGCAAGUGAAACCAGGGCAGCUCUCCCCUACACAGGGCUCUCCUCCGCUUCACACUGCGGUCUGAAGCACAGAUUAUAUUUCUCCCUCUCCUUUCCCCCCAUACCAAAUGUCCGUCUCUAUCCUGGUCGCUGGCCCAUCAGCGGAGCGCAGGAGCCCACGAGAGGCUGAUGGACUUACGCAGGGGGGGAGAGAUGGAGGAAGACGGGCAGAGUCAGGGAGUAAAGCAGGAAGAUCCCUGGCAUCUCGUCUGCCACAAAGAACAGCGUUAGUGUGACGACUGUCUUUGGGCGGACACUCCAGGGGAUCUCCAGAGCUGCUGCAGUUCAAAGCAAGGCAGGCUUGGAGCCGCGAGCUGCAACCGCUCCCAUCCUCUGCAGAUUGGCACAGGGGAGAAACCCUUUGAAAACAUUCGCAUGCUCAUUGAUUAUUAACUUAAAAAGGGGGAACUACACGCACAUUCCUGUCCCUCUGCCUUGAGAGGUUAACGCCCUGGCCCUUUCCCUCUUCUCCGCUCCAUAAGUCCCCCACUGAGCAGGAACGGGAGCUGUGCUGGCACCAGGGGCUGCAGGGCUGCCUUCCCAGUGCCGGGGCACGCUGUUCUCCUCCGGCUAUUUAUAGAUGGAGCUCAAGAGGAUGAUAGGUUUUUGAGCUCCGUAACAGCAGCACGCCAGGGGAGGGCUGACCCUCUCCAUCCCCAGCUCGCUCAGACCCCAGCACCGAUAACCGAGCUCCCUGCAGCCCACAGCUACACGGCCACGCUUCGCUUCUCCCAUCCAAGAAUAUCAGCAGGGAGGGCUGGGUCCAGUUCAGCUGGGAGGAGAGAGAGAGAGAGGAUGCUUCCCCCGGAGGAGCUAACGGCUUUGGCUUUC